AUGUAUCUUUAUAAUUACUUUAAAAUAUUAUUGCCAUUUAUUUUAUGGUUGAUAAUUAUAUCUAAUGUUCUUAUAUUUGUUACUUGUGAUGAUACUACUUCACCUGAAUUGUCAAAUACAGAAGUUAUUUCUCCUAAACUUAAAGUUAUUAGAAGAUUAAGAAAUUUAUUAACUGAUUUUUUAACAGAAGAACAAUGUAUUUAUUUUAUUGAUACUUAUUUAAAAAUGUACAAUGACGGUGCUACUUUUCAAGAAAUUCAAGAAGAUGUUAUGACAAAUGCCAUGGAUCAUUUAGAUGAUGAACAAUUAUUAGCAGCACUUGGAGCAUAUAAAAAGGCAAAUAAAGCAUUAGGUUCUGAAAAACUUAUGACACUAGGUAUGACAUGUAUAGAAGUAUUAAAAAAUAAUCUUACACCAUUUAUGAAUCAAGUUACUGAAAAAAUGAAAUUAAUGAAAGAAGAAAAUAAAGGGACUAAUGCUAUUAACAAUAACAUAUUUUUAAUGAUGAAUCAAUUUUUUACUAGAAAAAGAUGUAGAACAAUAUUUAAAAGGAUUAUGAAAAAAAUUGGGAAAGAAGACUUUGAUUUAGCUUAUCCCUUUUUAAAUAGUUUUUUAAAAUUUGAUUUAAUAUCAGAUUUAAUAGAAAUAAAUUUAAUGGAAAAACGUUUGAUAUUAAUAUUAUUAUUAUUGUGUUUAUUUUAUACAAGUAUCUUAUCAUCAAUUUUACUAUCAUUGUCAUCGAGUUCAUCAAAUCAACAAUACUUAACAAAUUGUGGAAAUGCACAAACUGAAUGGUUAGAAUGGAGUUCAUGGGGUGAAUGUACCGAUAAAUGUGGUAGCUGUGGAAUUCAUAUGCGAACUAGAAUUUGCCUUACAACAAACUCAACUUGUGCAUGUCCCGGUAGUGGAACACAGUUAGAUUAUUGUAACCUUAACGUAUGCUUGUAUCCAAGACAGACAUGCUGUUAUAAUAAAAUUGCUCAGUCAUUUCAAGGAAAAUUUACAUGUUUAACAGUUCAAAGUGGAUAA